AUGGAAUCUUCAACACCAAACUGGCAGAAACAUAAAGAUCUACUUACAGAGGCUGGAAUUGACUUUGAUCUUAUUGAGGAGACAAGGAAGUACAUUCACAAGAAUGCUGAGCCUGGAUUCAAGGAGUUCAAGACUAAGGAGAAGAUCUUAGAGCACUUUUCUGACAUUGAUAAAGAGCAUAUCAAAGAAUAUGCCACAACUGGACUCACUAUAGAUAUCACAGGGACUGCUCCACCCACUGAGGAUGGAGAAUGCAAUGUCGUUGCAUUCAGAGCUGAUAUGGAUGCUCUUCCCAUGAGUGAAGAAACAGGUGCUGAGUAUACCUCAGUCACUGAUUGCGCCCACAUGUGCGGUCAUGAUGGACAUAUGGCUAUUCUCAUCACAACAGGAAUGUUUUUGAAGCAACAUAGAGAUAAAAUCCCAAGUAAUAAAACUAUCAGAUUGCUCUUCCAACCUGCUGAAGAAAGCCCAGGAGGUGCCAAACCAAUGAUUGAAGAAGGAUGUCUUGAUGGUGUCGAUGAAAUCUAUGGAUAUCACAACGCCCCGUUCGGAGAAGAAGCAACCAUCACUUGUAAACCUAAAGAAUUAAUGGCUGGUGUGACAAUUGUCAAUAUCGAAAUUGAAGGUAAAGGAGGACAUGGAUCUGAACCUGCCAACUCUAUCGACCCUAUCACUGCUGCAGUGAAUGUCCACAGUGCAUUCAAUACUAUUAAAUCAAGGAAUGUACCUUCAACAUAGACGUCGUUGCCUUCACCAUCUGCUCCUUCA